AUGUGUGACAACCAAGUUGGCGAUUGCCAUUGUAAACCAAAUGUGGAAGGAUUAAAUUGCGACAGAUGCAUUUCUGAUCAUUGGGGUUUCUCGCGCUGUGGUGGAUGUUAUCCGUGCCACUGCGGUAUCGCUUCUUCCUCCACCCAAUGUGACGAUGAGACCGGACAGUGCCAGUGUCGACCAGGAGCCGUCGGGCUGCGUUGCGAGCACUGCGAGCACGGAUUCUGGAACUAUGGCGAAUACGGCUGUCAAAAGUGCGACUGCGAGGCAGACCUCUCCAUGGGUACGGUGUGUGAUGUGCGUACAGGACAGUGUCAUUGUCAGGAAGGAGCCACCGGAGCUCGCUGCGACCAAUGUCUACAGUCAUAUCUCAGAAUUCCCACUUAUGGAUGCCGACGUUGUGAUGAAUGCGUACAUCAUCUGGUCUCCGACGUGGAUCAUCUGGGAGUCGAUAUCCAACAUCUGAAUAUGUCGAUUGGUAACAUUUCAUCCGCUACCGUCGUUGGAGCCAGGCUUAGCCGCAACUCCAAGAAAGUCAGCAAAUACACGGAUAUCGCUAACCUGCUGUCUGGUGAACAGUACAACAACUUCAUCGGAGAUGCUCGUGCUGUCCUUGCCAACAUGUCGCAGUUGGUCAACUCUGCUGAAAGAUCCAACACAGUCGCCGAUAACGAUGUCGAGCGUGCAAUGAAUCUGACGGAUUCAGCUGGCGAGGUUAUUCAGGAUAUUCGCCGUCGAGCUGCGCACUCGAUUGUUAAGGCUGCCAGCGGCGUGUCAACGUUAAGACUGGAGGGGCUUGGAAAGGCGUUAGCUGACGGUCGCGAUAAGGCCAUUGAAGAACACGGCGUCGUGAGUGGUGUGCUGCUGGAGGUCAAAAAUCUCACCGAACAAGCGAAGGAUGCUCUGGAGUCAGUGGGAAACUCGCUGACGAAUUUGGCUGAAGUCCGUGCUGAACUCGCCGAGAUGGUUGAGCCCAAACGUGAGAAGCGACAAGUAUCCUAUGACAAGAGCGCGGUGGAUGCCAGAGUUAGAGACCUGGAGAUCGAAGCAUCACGUCUGAAGAACAACUUUGGCUCAGCUCAAUUGGAGUCUCAGAAUGCUGUCGAAGCUGCCACUGCCUACAGUAACCUUACCGACUCAUUGAAGAAUGCUCAAGAAAAGGCACAAUGGGCAAUCGAUGAAAUGACUGAGCUGAGUGACGGUUUGCAAGAGAAGUUGACCACAAUGGUCGAUGGAAUGCGCCGUAAUGUGGACGGUAUCCGUGCUUCGUUGGUAUCACCUCUGAACGAGACCACUUUUGCAGAAGUGGAGAAGUCAGCUGAUCAUGUGAAUAGCCUCCUUGUCGACUCGGACAAGGUUCUGAGCACAGCGCGUGAGAGCCUUGCGGAACUGAAAGAGGCAACGGACAAGGCCGUCUCGGAAGCUACCGAUGCUUUGCAAGGUAUUAAGAGACGCGAAGGCAACGUGAAAGAGCUGUCUGUUCUGGUCCCGAAGUUGAUGAAAUCCUACGACAACAUGCACAACAGCGCUACGAAUCGUACGGCCAAAGUGGAGGCAUGUGUGGAUAAAAUCGCUGCUCUCAAGGAACAAAUUGCUGUCGCCAGAGAUGCUGCGAACAGGAUUAAACUCGGUGCACAUUUCGAACAAGGCAGCUCGUUGGAUCUGGCAAUGCCACAUCGUGUAGCGCGAUCCGCUGCCCAUACAGACAUCUCUUUCCAUUUCCGCACCGCAAAAGAACACGGUGGGUUUCUGCUUAACGAAUCUUCUCUUAAUUUCUUGCCGACUAGGGAUAUGCGUGACUUCCUUGCACUGGAGUUAUCAGAUGGAAAUGUGAAAUUAUCGCUGGACUUCGGAUCUGGUGCCGCACAGUGGCUCGCCGAUACCGUGACCUACAACGACGGGCAAUGGCACACUGUGAUGGUGGCUAGAGAUGAGCGACAUGUGAAGAUGGACGUCGACGGAGUCACGGUUGCUGAAGGCGAUGCUCCAGGUGAUAUGUCUACGCUGAGCGUCACUGAUUACCUCUACCUUGGUGGAACACCAACUGGAGUUAAUACCCGUUCUCCUAUCGAGCCAUUCCGUGGCUGCAUCAAAUCGGUUCGUCUUGGAACGGACGAAAUGGAUUUGUAUGCAAGUCAUGCCAGCAAAGGAGUGAGGAAUGCUUGUCCUCUUGGCACUGUGAACACGGUUUCGAUUUUAUCUGAUCGAUCCACGGCAGUGUUUGAGAAUAUCACAGCUUCUGAUGAGAUGGAUGUGUCUCUUCGCUUCAAAACCCGUCGCUCAACUGGUACUCUGCUGACAAUUCAGUCUGACGAGGAUGACCUGCUAGCGUUGAAAAUUGAAGACGGCGUAUUGGUGGCGAUGGCUGGAGACGAUAAGGUUUCCUUGGAGCUGGCAUCGGCCGCUGACGAGCAGUGGCACUAUGUCUCAGUACGCAAGACCAAAGAGACUCUCCGUGUGGACGUAGACGAUCUACAUUCGAAGGAGGAACGACGAGCCAACGGCGAUGACGUGGUGGCGGGCGAAAUGGCGAAGAUUCUUUUCGGACGCCACGAUUCCGCUUCAUUCGUCGGAUGCGUUGGUGAUGUGUCGUACAACGGAGAGCUGUUGGAUUUCGCGAAGGCUAAAAUCCACGAAGUCUCGCUGACGGGUUGUUCUUUGGCUGCCGAUCUCGUGAAAACCACACUGGCAACAACGACUGAAACAGCGUCGACGACUCGUGAGGCUCCUGCAAAUCUUGCAAUCACGACCACUACUGCAAUGACUACCACCAUAGCACCCACGGAAGCAGAGGCCCCUGCGAAUCUUGCAAUCACCACUACUACUGCAAUGACUACCACCAUAGCACCCACGGAAGCAGAGCCUGUUGCUGACGGUGCUUGUGCUCUGGGAUUGGAUCCUCGGCCUCCAAAAGAUGAAGUGGACGGAACAAGGUUCGGACUGCAGCCCAACAGUCGCCUGGAGUACGAGGUUAUGCCGGAUUCAUUCGAUAAGAGCGGUACAUUCUCCCUUCAAAUUCGCCCCACUGCUUUCAACGGAGUAAUUUUGUUCGCAACCAACGACAAGCAUACUGACCACAUUGGACUGUUCCUGCUCAACGGCCGUCUUGUACUCUCGUUCGACACAGGCUCUGGACAGACUAUCAUCCACUCUAAUCGGUCAAUUCUUAACGGUGAAUGGCACUCGGUGAAGGCGUCACGACGCGGCAGCGAAGGGCUUCUGGUAGUCGAUGAAGAAUCGGCUGAAGCUGUGGUUUCGGCUGGCACCGACGCCAUCGACACGCAGCCACCGCUUUACCUUGGCGGUAUACCUAACGAACUGGCCAGCUACGCAAGGACGAUCGUGCCGGGUGUGAGAUCAGAAUUUGGUGGUUGCAUCAGAGAAUUCAAACUGAAUGACAAGAAGUUCGACACGAUCGCUCGUGAUCAUGGCAUCGGCGAAUGCAGCGCAAGGACGGAAAGCGGGUUGUAUUUCGGCAAGGAGGGCGGCUACGCGAUUCUGAAGAAAGAGUUCCAGGUUGGCCAGUCAUUCUCUGCUGAAAUGGAAGUGCGUCCGCGUACAAAGAAUGGCGUGUUGUUUUCCGUUGGUGUCGUUGAAUACCUGACUGUUCAAAUCCUCGAUGGCACUGUUAAGUUUAUCGUCGACAGUGGUUCGGGAGCCGAGUCGCUGAUCUAUACUCCGCCAACGUCAAACACCAUUUGUGAUGGUCACUGGCAUUCGAUCAAGAUCAUGAAAAAGAAGAACCUAAUGACGCUCACUGUUGAUGGUAAAAGCAAUCUGAACAUCAUGAAGAAAGGCAAAAAACAUGAGACUGUCACAAAGGAUCCGAUUUAUCUCGGUGGCGUGCCGGAAUCAGUCGUCAAUAAGGGCUUGGAAACUAGAGAACCGUACGUUGGCUGUAUGCGUGUCAUGAGUUUGGGAGGUGGUAAGAAGGACAAGAUGAGAAGAAAGAAGCAGCUUGACGUCUCCACACUGGACAUCUACGGCGACGUCAACAAGCAGGAAUGCCCGCUAAACUGA